UUGACAUUUUUCUUUAGCUGUUUGAUAAAAAACGUUAUUGACUAAUUUAAUGAUAGAUUAUGAAUAUGCAGAACGUUUCUCUCGAUAGUAUAUCCGAUACGCGAAACGUCGAUUUUGGUUGUUUACCUGUCGACACAGUAGCAGAAAAAUCCAUCACUAUUCAAAACACAAGUGGGAAACCGUUAAUAUACCGGAUUUCGCACACCUAUAUUUUAAAUAGUAUAGACAAAGUUUUCAAAGUCGUUAUAACUUCUACUUCUAUAGAUCCUUUGAAAUGCGCCCAAGUAACAAUUAUUUUUAAGCCAAACAUUCCGGGCCAAUCAUUUACUGAAUACUAUUUAAUUGAUGACAUAAUGGGAAAUAUGUAUAGAUUGAUAGUUACUGGUAAAUGUUACGGGCCGGAAGUUAAGCUAAGCAGACGAAAACUGGUCUUCAGAAUAUGCAAAAAUGUAACUGAACAAAGGAAUGAGACAAUAAACAUUAUAAAUAAGUCAGCGAUCGAUGCGCCUUACCAGUGGCUCCUACCGAUCAGCGGUCAAGGAUUUUUCCAAAUAUCAACUGGUAAUUGCGGAGUCGUUCGGGCAUUCGAGACAAUAACUGCAAAUGUAAUUUUCAACGGUUCUGCACUUGGCAUAUACACAACUGAACUUGUCUGUCUAGUUUUGCAUCAGGAGCCCAUCUUUUUAAAUGUUAUUGCGGCCGUCGUGCUCCCUGGAAACCCCCUAUAUAAUAUACAUGAUCAUGUGUUUGAGAAAAAUUGGAAACGCAAGCGAAGAUUCGUACACCUUAUGGAGAAUAGUCUGAACCGUUUGGACUAUAUACCGCCAGCUUCUGCGUUUGAGAGAUAUCUGGACUUUGGUACAGGCAGUGUGACAGACAUUACCCUAAAUAUAUCGCAGACUUUGUGUGUCACUAACCAUAGAGAGGAGGAUGUGUACAUUCUUUGGCUUUUAGAUCCUGAUAAUGUGUUUCUAAUAGAUCCCAUUGAGGCAGUAAUACCGCCUAAUGAGUCACGAUUGUUUACUAUCAGAUUUAGACCAGAUUUCGAUAACGAAGUGUAUGGUUUCCUGCUAUGUGGAGAUUGUCAGCAGAAAGUCUACGAUAGUAACAAUGAAGUUAAAAUCAAACACACGUGGUUUAGGAUACCGUGUAUCGGAAAUACUUGGUCACCGUGUACUGAAUGGACUACGGAAUGGGAUUGUCCGGUUGAGGUCGUGAUGCCACCAACAGUUCCUGCAAGAACAACGUUUGCCAAUUUCAUGCUAUCCAAUAAACAUGACAUUCCAAUGCAUUUUAAAUUCGAGGCACCACCGAAUACAAAUUAUGUUUUGAUGCCCAUGUGUGGUAUAGUCCAAGGAAGAGGUUGGCAAAUAAUAUCAGUUGCUUUAGAACCAAAGGCAUUCGGAGAAUACUGUGAAACUUGGGAUUUGAUAAUAAAUAAAGUUCAAAAGGCUCGUAUAUGCCUAUUCGGUAACGCAGAAACAAGUAAGGUUGAAGUGAUGUCACACGGCUACAGCCCGCAAGCGCACGCCUUGUACGAGUUCCCGCCUACUAUCACGGGCUGCACCAACUAUUGUACCGCAUACCUGCAUAACCUUACUAGAAUGAGUAUACAUAUGCGAGUUCUUAAUUCUGUGCCGUGGUUGGGAGCGGACAAUAACGGUUGCAUAGUAAUGUCACCAAAGGAAAUACUCCGUUUUCAUUGGUGGUUCUUUCCCAAAGAACCGAAUAAAGUCUACGAAACGACCGUCACGUGUUCCUGCAUCUGUCUUAUUGAUGACAGACCUGUCGGUGUGCCAACUGAGCUGUUUAUACGUAUAACCGGCUUUUCUGAACUUCCGGAUUUGAGGGUUUUGCCCAAAACCCUAAAUAUCCACGAUGCUGUUGUUGAAGAGAGUGUUCUAUUUACUAUAACACUGUAUAAUUAUGGAUCAUGUUAUUUCACAUCAAAACUUUAUCAUGUAAUCGACGGCAUGGGCGAUGAUCAUAGUGGAGAUAAAUUUGAAAUAGAUUCUAAUGUGAAUAGCCUCAAACCAUCUAACCACUGCGAAAUAAAAUUAAAAGUAACAGCGCACGGUGCGGGCUCCAGACAAAUAGAUAUAAAAUACACAGUGCUCUUCAGAACUGAGUUUGACGAAGUGGAGGAGAUACAGCCAAUAAAGAAAACAAUUUGCAUUGUUUGGUACGACGGUAUCUAUCCAACCAUAAAGAUUAAACGCACGAUAUCUGUGAAAUGUCCAGUGAUUCUGAGCAAUCACUGCGUUUGGAAUAUUACCAAUGUAAAAGAACUCAACAAAGCGUUGGAGAACUGUAGACCAAAUAAGCCUCUAAACGUGAAUCUGUACGCACCAGAUUUAUGCUUACGCUCUGAGCGAGUUGAGUUAAUCUUCAUAAUAGGUUGUGUGUACCGAGUGCCAGUGGCUUGGAACUUGAGAAGGGAGAAGAUAUGCGAUUGUGAAAUGGUGGAAGUACAACAGGGUAUAUCUACGUAUGUGAUGAAGCAUACGUGUGUGCAUAGGGCAUUGGUGGAACUGACUCCGAGCAAUGGAAUAGUUUCGCCCACGAAUCCAGGAAUAUUACAAAUGAACCUACAAUACUGUCUCGAAGGGAAGAAUACCUUAUGCUACGUAUUAACGAUGUCGAAUAACCGCACAAUAAACAUAUUCAUCAAUAUUUUUACGCACUUGAAAUCCAAAGGUGUUCUCACGCCAUUGCGACGAAACGUCGAAAAUAAUGACUACCUGACCAUAUUGGACUGUGGGAGAGUACCUAUUAAUAACCUAGAUCCUGUUAUACGAAUUGUAUGGCUUUACAACCCAACAGACGUUUUUACCACAUGGCGCUUACUUCGGGGAAAUACUAUAACUCCAGACACAGUCAUACGAUGCUUGCAAUAUUUCGCAGAAGUGCCUCCUUUGGACAAAUUGGCAGUACCCUUCGCUUUUAUGCCUACUGAAAUGAUCGAUUAUGAGGUGGUAUUCUUCUGCUCCUUCGGAUACGAUAUUGUCAAGAUCUUGGUGAAGGGACAAGGCGGUUUACCAAAUUGCAUUGAAACUCGAUUGGAUAUCCCAAGCUAUGUGGAACAAGUUAUUCGAUCUGCGUAUACACAAAAUAUUGUAUAUUUAUCAAAGGAUCAUAUAACUUUGCCAAUUAUGCCCACGCAUUCACUAUCAAGAGAUGUUAUAGCUAUAAACAAUGACACGGAUCAUGUUUUACGAUUUAUUUGGAUGCCGGAAAGAAUAGCGAAUAUAGUUAACAUUGUUUUGACCCCGUGGUGGGGGGUGCUGCAACCGAAAUCAUCGGAAUGGAUUACGAUGACUGUUUACACUCUUCAGGAGCCUGCGACAUUUACCACCACAAUCGCUUGCGAGAUUUUGGAUUUGACUGAGCGAAGACGAUAUCAACGCAACGAACUUCUGAGAAGGAAUAAAACAGAAAAAUGCAACCAGGAAUUCAUUAUAACAGAAGAAGGGAUGUUCCAUCCUGGUAUCAAUGAUUUCCCUCCAUACGUUUUGGAUCUUAAAAAACCACAACCGUCAUAUUUGUCUAUGACCGUAUCCGUGUCAUCGAAAGGACAACGUGACGGUGUUCCGAGAAUGCUUAUGAAACAAAUGUGGGAACAGGCACCACCGUAUGAUUUAAUGUCAUCCGAUUUUAACGACUACGGCUCUUCUGGCGCUGGUACUAGUGGAAAUAAUAUGACAGUUGCCGAUAUUAUACGUAUUAUUGAUGGAAUAUUAUGGGACGCCAUGCAUAGCAAAAUGUUUAAAUACCAUUUACAAUAUUAUUCCAAGGAAGAUUUACCUAUGUAUGGACACCUGUUAAAUGUGAUAGAAACUGAUUCCAAGCCGAAACUCAGUAGAAGGGUAACUUCAGGAAUAUGUGACGCUAUCGUUAACAAGGCUGUGUUUCACGUUUACAAUCUUAAUUCAAGACGUGAUGUUUCUAUACUUGAAGCAGAAUAAUGCCCAUUAAUUAAAUUAAAAAUAUUAUUUUGUUUUCCA